AUGCCUCACUUUAGCUUCUUAGGAGAGACCUCGACUUCAGCCGACACUAUCACUCAUAUGUUGAAUGAAGAUGACCAGAUUCAGCAAGACGAAAUGACAAAGAACUGGCGUGACCAUAAGCUGCAGGAACUCAAUUUUGUCGGAACACUUGGCGCUCUUCUCGCAAGUUGUUUGAGCACAACAGGUUCCUGGCCAGAUGUACUCCCCAAUGGCCGUAACAAGCCCUGGUCAGUACGAACGAUGUGGUUCAGCGGACUCGUGUUUGCCCUCUUCUCAGUAGUCAUUGCAGGCGUUCAGAGCAUGAGACUGCACCGCCUGUCUGCUCAUCCCGGCGGCCUGAGCUUGAUCCGAAACAGCCUUGGUCGCAAACGACAAUCCGAUAGCAAGUCUCGACCUAGCUGGCUUCAGGUAUACGCAUGGGAAUUUAGCCUUGCGUUUUUAGUCUUGGCCAUAUUUUGCAUGAUAAUCGGGUUGACAAUUCUGAUAUGGGCUGGCACUGAGUUUGGGCCUUCGAAGUCUAGAGAAGAUGGCUGGUGGGAUGAUGGCGGUGACCUUUACAAUCGUCCUCGGAGUCGCGUCUUUAAUCCUGGUCCUGUCACAGUCUGCCCUGUCAAAAGGUAA